GCCGUUGCUGUCAGAAUUCGGUGCCACUGCCACUCUCUUUUCCCUCUUAAUUUCAUUUCUUUAUAUCUAUAUAUAUCUCUUCUCUCUCUUCACUCUUCACUUUCCUUCAACAACAACAAAACUACUUACCUCAUUAUUAAUCUUCUUUGGGCUUCCCGGCCGGUGUUAUGUUGGAGUCGGAGAUGACCGCGUCGGCUCGUUUCAAACGACAGAAAACACACCCUGACAGCCUGAGCUUGUCUUCGGUAUCGACUCCGGCAAGUCGGGUCGAUCAUUUCGAAGAUUUAGUUGCACCUGGAGGUUGGCCUGAGUUGGCUAAGUACGAGAUCUCCUCUAAAGAGCUUCGAACCAAUCCGAUGGGUUCGUCCCGGGUAAAGGCAAUUAACUGGAGGACUGUGGAGGGAGAGAUUCCGAAAAAGAUGAGAAAAGGAAAGAACAAAGAAACGAAAUCGAAAAUAGAUAAAGAAAACAAUAAUAAUGUUGAAUGGGAUGAGAAUGGAUCAAAAGAUGACAGGUUAGAGAAGAAAAUGAAAGAAAAGGUUGAAGAAGAAGAUGAAGAGUCAAAGGUUACUGAGGAAACAGAGAGAUGGAAAAAACACAAUAAUUCAAAAGGUUCAGAAGAAAUUAAAAAAAUGGAUUAUGUUCAUGUUCGAGCUCGUCGUGGCCAAGCCACUGAUAGCCAUAGUCUUGCUGAAAGAAUAUAUAUAUAUAUAUAUAUAUAUAUAUAUAUGCAGGCAAGAAGAGAGAAGAUAAGUGAAAGAAUGAAGUAUUUGCAAAAUUUGGUGCCUGGGUGUAACAAAAUUGCUGGAAAAGCUGGAAUGCUUGAUGAAAUUAUUAAUUAUGUUCAAUCUCUCCAACAACAAGUUGAGUUCUUAUCCAUGAAAGUGGCUGCUCUAAACCACAGAGUUGAUUUCAUCAAUGUAGAUGAUCUCUUGGCCAAGCAGAUGUUUCCGACUAUAACGGACAAUCGUUCAUCCUACGAUACUCAACUAGGAAUAAUGGGUUCAAGCUCUCUAACAAUUCCUCAAACUCCAUUGAUCAACAGCAACUUGUCUUCAAUUACUCAUUUUGAAGUGUCUUCAACGUGGGGAGGUGAAUUACAAAGAUUUGAAGAAGGUGGAGGGGGGCCGCCAUUGUUGUCACCAUCAAGCUUUUUAUCUCACCAAUGUUCUGUCAUUGAAGAUGAAAAUGAAACAUUAUUUAUGGACCACAAACUUCUUCUUCCAUUUUAAAUAUAUAUAUAUAUAUUCAAAUUAAUUCCAAACAAAAAUUCAACUUU